CUCGUUGGGCCGGGGGCUACCCCGAACCGCCCGCCCCCACGCGUGCCCCGGGACGGUGCGGCGGGGCUGGGGGUCCCGCUCGUCCCUGGGCUGUGUGGCGGUGCCGCGGGGGCGCAGCGCCGGCCGUGCCGCGGGUGGGGCCGUGCCCGGUGCCUCCCGCGGGGGCCGGGCCGGGCCCUUUAAGAAGCUCCACCCGCGGCCGAGCCCAGGUGGAGCCGCGGGGCCGUUCGCACCUCGGGCGGCGCGGCGCGGGAGAUGGUGCUGCGGGCGGCGGGGCCGAGCCGCGGGCGCGGCGGGCACGCGUGGGAGCCCCGCGGGGCCAAGGGAAGGCGACGCCCGCCAUGAGCUCGUCGGCGCUGCUGGCUGAGGGCCCCCUCGACCCCCCGGUGCUGCUGGCCGACAUCAAGACGGAGCCCCCCGAGGAGCUGCUGGCCAGCGACUGCAGCCAGCCCCAGGCCGAGCCCGUCGAUCUCUCCCUCAAUAAAUCCAAGGUGGCUCCGGCCUCGGCCCCGCCGCCACCGCCCCCCACCUCGGUCCAGUCUUCCCCCAUGCUGGUGGCUCCCCCGCUCCCCGCCUCCAGCACCGUGUCCAUCCCGCCCUCCGGUCUCAGCUCCACCUCGGCCAUCCCGGCUGUCCUCUCACCCGGCUCCAUCCUGGCCUCCACGCAGGGCAGCGGCGGGCAGCAGAUCCUCCACGUCAUCCACACCAUCCCCUCCGUCAACUUGCCCAGCAAGAUGGGCAACCUGCAGACCAUCCCCGUGGUGGUGCAGUCCCUCCCUGUCGUCUACACCACCGUGCCCACGGACGGCGUCACCGCCAUUACCGUGCCCCUCAUCGGGGGGGACGGCAAGAACGCUGGCUCUGCUUUCCUUUCCCGGACCCCUCCAGUGAAAAUGGACCCCGGCUCCGUGUACCCCAUGGACAUGAACAGCGACAGCGAGGACAGCGCCUCCGAGAGCGGCCCGGCGCCUUUCCAGGACCUCCAGAGAGAGCCGGCGGCGCGGGGCCCCAGAGCCGAUUCCCCGGACCUGAAGAAGCGGCGCAUCCACCAGUGCGACUUCGAGGGCUGCAAUAAGGUCUACACCAAAAGCUCCCACCUCAAAGCCCACCGGAGGAUACACACAGGCGAGAAGCCCUACAAAUGCACGUGGGAAGGCUGCACCUGGAAGUUCGCCCGCUCGGACGAGCUCACCCGGCACUUCCGCAAGCACACGGGCAUCAAACCCUUCCGCUGCUCGGACUGCGACCGCAGCUUCUCCCGCUCCGACCACCUGGCCCUGCACCGCCGGCGGCACGUCAUGAUGUGAGCGGUGCCCGCGGCGCUGGGAGCCGGCAGCGCCUCCCUCCCUCCCUCCCUCCAUCCAUCACACCCCGCGGCUCUGCGGGGCGGGGCGGGGACCGCGGCAGCGCCGGGGCCGUGCCCGCUGCAGGAGCCCCGCCGGCACGGCACGGGACGGCAAACAAUGGAUUCUGGACUGCUGCCCUUCUCUCUUGUCCCCAGCUGUUUUUAUUCCUGGGUUUGUCCUCGCCUGGAGGCUCCUUGACUCCUCACCUGGAAUUCACCCAGCAGCUGCCUCCGGCUCUUCAGCCUCCUGCCCGUUGUUGUCCCCGUGUGCUCCCUGUCUCCGGCCCCUCCAGUGCCUGGGGGCCGAGGCAAGGACGGGGGGCAGGUGAUGGGGUGAUGGGCCCCUGUGGAGGAGCUGAUGGCCAUUCCUGCUCCAUCCCCAGACUGUCCCAGCAGGAGAAGGGACAUCACCUCUCUCUGCGUCCCUCAGCACAUGCUGGGCUUCAUGGGAAGUGCUGGGUGCACAGAGAGCCAGGAGGAAAAGAGGAAUCAAGAAAGGGGGAAACAACCCAACAGUGACCCACAAACAAGACCAUCACCACCACACAAAGGGAAA